CCGCUUUGCGGUUUGCGCGACGACAGGAGGCAGCGAGCGAGCCAGCGAGUGCCUGCAAGAGGCAGCCGGGGCUGCGCGGUAGCAUGGGCUGGCGCUUGGGACUCGGUGGGGCCGGUGCCCCGCUGCUGCUGCUGCUGCUCCUGGCCGGGCAGGGCGCCGGCCGAAGGCCCCCGAAGAGGAAGUGCCCGCAGGGCUGCAACUGUACCAAAGACUCGGCGAUGUGCGAGCGAGUCAAGGAGAUCCCCCGCGAGCUGCCCCAGGACUUCAUCUCCCUGGCUCUAAUUCGCUCAGGCUUCAGUGAGAUCUUAGAAGGUAGCUUCCAAGGGAUGCCAAGUCUUCAGCUGCUCUUGAUCACUUACAACUCCCUGGAUCUGAUCGGGGACGAUGCAUUUCUGGGACUCGUACAGCUGGAAUAUCUGUUCAUUGAACAAAACAGACUCGAAGCUAUCUCCAAGAAUGCCCUGAGAGGCCUAAAGACUCUUCUCCAUCUGAAUUUGGCCCAUAAUAACCUGCAGACCUUACCAAGGCAUCUGUUCCGGGGCUUGGAUGCUUUGACUUCAGUGGACUUGAGGGGAAAUGCCUUCCACUGCGACUGCAAACUCAAGUGGCUGGUGGAGUGGAUGAGUCACACCAACGCUUUGGUGGAACCCGUAGAGUGCCGCUCCCCGGCCGAGCUGAACCGCACCAGUCUCAGCGAGCUCCGCCCCGGGGGCUUCAACUGCAUCACAACAGAUCUUGUUCUCUUCGAUACACUGCCAGAGCAGUCCCUCUCGAUAGAAGCCUUCACCUACCACGGGGAACAGAAUGUGGUGAUUGCCCAGCCCUUCACUGGACGUUGUAGCUUCAUGGAGUGGGACCACGUGGCAGGGAAAUUCCGCAACUAUGCCUACAUCAAUGGUUCAUCCACGGUGGUCUGCAAACCUCUGGUGAUCGAGGGUGAGCUCUUCGUGGUGGUGGCUCAGCUGUUCCGAGGCUCACACAUCUACAAGCGGCAGGAAGCCACUGGGCAGUUCCUACACAUGCAGGUCAUCGAGAGCUCACAGAUCCGCAAGCCUAAUGACGUUGAGGUCUUCCGCAUGGAGGGAGACUGGUACUUCAUCAUGGCUGACAGCUCCAAGGCAGGAUCGACUACCCUGUACCGCUGGAAUGGUCAUGGCUUCUACUCCCACCAGUCGCUGCACACCUGGUACCGUGAUACGGAUGCUGAAUUUCUGGAGAUUGCAGGCAAACCUCACCUCAUCUUAGCCAGCAGCUCCCAGCGCCCCGUCAUCUACCAGUGGAACAAGCAGCAGUUUGUACGCCGCACCGAUAUUCCGGACAUGGAUGACGUCUACGCUGUCAAGCACUUCAAGGUCAAGGAGGACGUGUACAUUUGCCUGACCCGCUUCCUUGGCGAUUCCAAGGUGAUGCACUGGGACGGUUCGAUGUUCCGAGAUGUCCAGCAGAUGCCUUCCCGCGGCUCCAUGGUCUUUCAGCCACUGAGCAUCGCCGGUUACCGCUACGCGUUUCUCGGCAACGACUACUCCUUCAGCAAAGUAUACCGCUACGACCCCAUCACUGGGCUUUUCCAGCACUUCCAAGAGCUGAACACCCAGGCCCCGCGCUCCUUUGCCCACCUCAAUGUCGACAAGCAAGACUUCCUCAUCGCCUCCAGCUUCAAGGGCAAAACGCAUAUCUACCGGCAUGUUAUCAUUGAUCAGAGUGCCUGAGCCUGGAGACAGCGGGGUUGGGGGUGUCAAGCGUAAGAGGCAGCCAUGGGUAGAGGAAGAAUUGCAAGA